GGAAAAAAAAAAAAAGAGGAAUUUAGCCCGGCCGCUAUAACCGCGAACCGCAAGUCUGCCACUAUCGCGGCCAUUUUUCACACUACCUUCAUUCCUCGUUGCUAUCCAUUCUUUCGUUGUAAGCUAUUCAAGUGAAACCUGCGGCUAAACCGAAAGACUCCUUCGCCGGCCAAUUCAAGAUGGCUGCUUCCGACACCCGGAAGGAGAGCCUGUUCGACGACAGCGACGAUGAAUCGGAUGGCGGUGUUCAACUUCAAAUCAACACCGAUUACGCCAAACGAUUCGAGCAUAACAAGAAGCGGGAGGAGCGGCAGAGAUUGGAGGAGAAAUACAAGUCAAAGCCAACCAACGGGGAUAAGCCGAAUGAAGACGACGAUGUUGGUGACGAGUCGGAUUCCGAGUCGGACGAAACCGAAGACGAAGACGGCUUCUUGGCAACUGAAGAUCUCGACGUCCAGAUAUCGGCUACGCUUCGGGCGAUCAAGAGUAAAGACCCGCGUGUAUACGAUGGCAAGACCAGUUUCUAUAAGCCGAUUACCGAAGGCGCCGCCGGAGAGGAGGCUGCGGCAAAGCAAAAGAAAGAGAAGCCCGUUUUCUUGCAGGAUUACCACCGGGAGAAGAUUAUGCGGGGAGACACCGGAGCUGAUUUCGACGACGAGCCCGAACCCCCGCGGACCUACACUCAAGAGCAAGACGAUUUAAAACAAUCUAUCAAAGACGAAAUACAAGCACAAUUACAAGGCGACGGCGAGAGCGAGGAGAGCGACGGCGAUCAAGAUUUCAUGAAGGCUAAAGAGGAAACGAGAUAUGUACCCGAGAACGGCGUUCACCCUUCGAGAGCUGCGAAAGUUCAGGUCGCAAAGCCUAGCGUCGCCGAUGCGGACAAGGACCCUGAACUAUUCCUAUCAAAUUUCAUGGCCUCUCGCGCCUGGGUGCCAGAUGACGGUACUGAGUGGCAAGCGUUUGAAUCCGACGACGGCGAAGACGAGAAGGCAGACGAGUGGGAAGCGGCAUACAAUCUGCGUUUCGAGGACCCUCACAAGAGCAAUGAAGUAUUGAAGUCCUACGCCCGUGACGUGGCCGCUGCCCGCUCGGUCAGACGAGAGGACAAGACGUCGCGAAAGCGGCAACGUGAGAUUGAACGCGAGGAGAAGGAGGAGGAAAAGCGAAAGAGGAAGGAGGAGCGGGCGCGGCUACGCCGUCUCAAGCUCGAAGAGGCCGAGAGCAAGCUACAAAAGAUCAAGAAAGCGGCGGGGCUAUCCGGCAAGACCCUGAGGGACGAGGAAUGGCAGAAUCUACUCGAGGAUGCGUGGGAGAACGACAAGUGGGAGGAGCAACUUAAGAAGACCUUCGACGAUCAGUAUUACGCCGCGGCCGAGGACGUUUCCGGCGACGAGGGCGAGGGCAAGGCCGCUUCUAAGAAGCGCAAGAUCAAGAAACCGAAAUGGGACGACGACAUCGAUAUCAAAGAUUUAAUUCCCGACUUUGACGACGAGGAGCGCCCCAACAUCACGCUCACCGACGACGAACAAGACCCGGAGAAGAGCGACGACGACGACGACGAGGAUGCGCCGGCAGCGAAGCGGGCCAAGACCAGCAAGGAGCGGAAGAGGGCAAAGCUCGAGAGCCAGCAGGCAGUGCGGCGGGAGCGCGCGAAGCUGGAGGCGUUCGUCGACGCGAAGAUGAGCAUGGACGACCCGGAGGUGCUGGCGGGCAGCUCGUCGGGGCGGGCGGGGCGGGCGCGGUUCGCGUACCGGGAGACGAAGGCGGAGUCGUUCGGGCUGACGACGCGGGACAUCCUGAUGGCGUCGGACGCGGCGCUCAACGAGUUCGCGGGGCUGAAGAAGCUGGCGCACUUCCGGCCGGCGGACAAGCAGGCGAAGGACCGCAAGCGGCUGGGGAAGAAGGCGCGGCUGCGGCAGUGGCGCAGGGAGGUGUUCGGCCCGGAGUUCGAGAGGGAGCCCCCGGCGUUCGAUCCCGGGCCGCCGGCGGAGGCGCAGGCGCAGGCGCGGGUACGCCACCAGCACCAUCAGCACGCAGACGAUCACUAUCCAUCUGCCGAGCGGGUAGCCAACGGCAACGCAAUCGAAGGCGGCGCCUCCAAGAAGAAACGCAAGCGGUCUAGGGUGAGCAGGAAGGGGAAGGAGAAGGAGGCGCAGGCGGAGGUGGGUGCAUGACACGAACGCGGGUAGCCCCCUUUCGGCAGAGCGUCUCGGUAGAUAGUAGCGGCCCUGGGCUUCCACCCCCCGGCCAGGGUGGGAGUGCGCCGAGGGGGGGCUGCUGGAUGGGCAGACAGACAGACAGACAGACCUCCCACGGCAUCACCCUUACCUAGGCCAUAGGGGGGCAGGCUAGAAGGCGCAAUAAUGCGAGAGGGCCCCCGAACCAUGUCGGCCAGGCGCGCCUAGCAGGUCCCGUCUGCCCGUCGCCAUGCCUAGGUAUCAUGUUCUUCCCGUGUCGCCGGUUUCGACCCUGUUUGUGUCUCUCUCCCUUGCGCGCACGUAGGUAUCCAUCUAGCCUACACAAACACAUAGGUAUCUAACACGUGCAAAAAAAAAAAAGCUAUUGUCUCCUGUU